AUGGUUAGACAUCCUAAAAAGUUAUUGGAACGCUUGUUUCCCAUCGAGUCUAGUAACCUCGUCUUUUCGUCGCCGACUUCCCAUUUCUCAUAUGCAUCUGCUGCCAAGAACACGUAUGCUAAUGUCAAAGAAACGUCUGUAGACGACAUAUACAGAGACUUGCAAGUCGGAGGACAAAUGUUAUAUUUACAGCUUCCCGACGAUGUCAAAAUCAUUGUAGAUAAACUAAGGAAAAUACAAGAGGACAAGAGAUCAGAGAUAUUCGAUCAAAGACUAUCGAAUGGAGAAUAUCAGUCGCCUUUUAUGGCAUUAGAAUCAGCGUUGAUGUCUAUCCUUACUCUAGUCCCAACCAUCCUCUUAUCGAAUUUGCAUGAGAAUUUACGCGAUAAUACUGUGUUCGAUUAUGAAAACUCCUCACGAAGAAACUCUUACGGUCGUGUAUCUCCAUUUAGCCGUUCACAGAUCAACUUGGGGCAAAAUUCAGCUGCAAAAAGAUAUUCCGUUUCGAGUUUUUGCACAUCGCAUAGAUUACCACGCAAUAGUGAUGACGAUGACAAUGCAUCCAUUCGCUCUAUAACUUCAAUACAAUCGACAACUGCUGAAAAUGUGACAUCCUCUUCGUUAGCAAAGAUAUUGGGCGCAUCCUCAUUGCUGACAUCAGUUAUUAGUGCCGUUAUAUCAAUGCAUAAUGAGGACUUGGUCAGAGUAAUAACAGAUAUAGCGGGAUUCGACCAGUACUAUAGUUUAACCGAACAAGUAUCGGCAGAAGCAGAAGCUAUACGGAAUCAGAUUAGAGCCGUCAAAGAUAACGUCAUGCAUGCGAAGGCUGAAGAUGCGUGUGGACAGGGUAUUUACAGUGCCUUGGUGGCACACUCAAGUAGACUAGUCGAUUCAUUGGGUGUUCUCGCCGAAUUUGUGGAAGGAUGGGCCCCAUUGAUGUAUGAUGAAGUCAAGAAGAAAGUUGCCCGCACGUUUUCAUCACUCAAACGAACUGCGGCAUUAACCCAUGUACUCAUGCCAGAUAUGAACGGUAUCACGGACAGCUUUGACAGUAUCUCAAAUAAUCACCGGUACCCUACACAUUGUCACACAGGUUACAAUUGUGAUUUUGAUCGACGGCGGACUAAAAGCAUCGCAUCUGUAGCAUCGACUGCAUCGACUGCGUCGACUGCGUCAAUCGCCUCUGUAUAUACACUUCCCACGCCAUUACACAAACCACACAAAAUUUCUUUCAGUGACACGUCACGUCUUCACCGCCACAUUAUUCCCCCACGUAUCCACAUUCCCCCGACCCAACCUGGUUUGGCAUCACGCCAUUCCGUUCACCCGUACACCGAGACAAUUGAAUGUGAUAGUCCCUCAACAAUAUCGGCCUGGCACAGUAUUCCGAGUACUCCAGCAACGCCAAAUACGCCACGGUCGUCGAGGUUUAAAGAACACUUUGAUGCAUUACCAACAGUAAUGCCUCCAUCGUUAAUUGGACGACGUCGCCGCAUGUCAGAGACGGCGGACGUAGGACAUCCAAAAUCUCUAUAUUUGCACGAUAAUCGAAGUGCCAAGUCCAUCAUGUCUUAUUUAGAACCGAGUCGAUCAGAUGUACAUCUCGUAAAGGAAAAGGGUUCAUUUCCUCCGCUCAACUCUCCGAAGACUGGUUUCAAGAGUUACUUGAUGAAACGCGUAGUUAGAAAGAAGAGCGAGGAAGAAAGAGCAAAUAGUUACUGGCCGGUAAAUGAGAGUGGUUCGAUGCCGAGCUUGCCGACAGGAAGGAAAAUGCCCGGUGGUUUUUAUGCAUCGCAGAAAAUGCAGAGGAUAUGUAGCGAUGGAGAUCUAAGAUUGCUGCGGAGGCAGUGGGGAGGAGAGAGUAAUAGCAGCCGAGAAUCGGUCGGAGGACAUUUAAACGGGGUUAACGGAGAUUCCGAAGAUUCGGGAGGUCUGAGGGAACAUUUAUUCCAUAGGAUUGUGAAGAAGAAAAGUUCUCAGACUAGUUUAUCGGCAGCAGUAAAAAAUCAUGACAUGCCUAAAUCGAUGCAGUACUCGUCUUACGACAACUUGUCAGAACGAGGUGCAGCAGAGUACAAACGAGCGUACGAAGAAAAACUUGCAGAAGCGACAAGGAGAAAACUCUUUAUCGUAGAUGAUGAGCCUGAGCAAGCCAUUGACUCGAGACGACAUAUUCAGGCCGAGACAAUUGAGAACCUCUUAGAACAUCUAAUCUACGUAAAUGAUCCGGACCCUGAGUUUGUUGACUGUUUUGUCUUAUGCCACGCCUUUUUUGUGGGCUCACACACAUUUUUAGAAUUCCUAAUUGUACGCUAUUCUUCCCAUGAUGAAUACGCACACGUGGGAAUUUCUCAGGAAACAGUACAAUCCAACAUACUGAAAGUCCUUUACAGGUGGACUUUACUACAACACGAGAACUUUGUAGACAACGAUCUUCACUCGACUUUGGACACGUUUAUUGACUCACUGGUGAAUGAUAACGUGCUAAAUGGAAUUAGACACAAUUUACAGCAAACGCAAGUGGCGCUUACACAGCAACCGUCGAUACCAAAUCUGCAGUCAUCGAUGAUAUCUGUCGUGGAUAGAUUAUAUCUAUCAGAGACAUCGCCGUUGCUCGACUUUGAGUCUAGGAUUAUUGCGAAAUAUCUGACACUGUUGGAUUUUGCUGCAUUCAAGAAUAUUACUUUGUACGAAUAUAUUACGGGAUGGUGGCGGAAGCGAAAAGGGUUCGAUUCUGACGAAGAAGAAAAGGUUGAGAGUGGAAUUGAUGUCUUUACGAGGCGAGCUAACAUGAUGAGUCACUGGGUGGCCUACGAAAUAUGUAGUCUAAAGACAAUUAAAGCACGAAGGACUUUACUCCACAAAUUCAUUGAAGCAGCACGGCAUUGCCGAGACUGGAAUAAUUUUCAUACAUCAAUGUGCAUAGUACUCGCUCUCAACUCCCGCCCUGUGCGCCGUCUGGAAAAGACUUGGCUUGCCCUGUCUAAUAAGGACUUGCUGACAUUGCAAAACAUUGAAAAGUUGAUGGAUGUUUCUGGAAAUAUGAGGAAUUAUCGUAAGGCCUUGGCGCAUGUUCGAGCACCAGCGGUUCCAUUCUUCGCCGUAUUCUUAAAAGACUUGACCGUAAUCAUAGAAGGCAACUCCACUUUCACACCUUCAACAACUGAUGUUUCCAAUUCAUCAACUCAGCAAUUAGUAAACUUUGAAAAGUUUCGCUUGCUCACUCGUAACGUCUUUAAUAUGAAGUCGUUUACCUCAGAAGCUUAUCCAUUUUCCCGUCAGCUCUCCCAAUUGCCUUCAAUCAUUCCAACUUAUGAAUCAUUUGUCUCGGAAGAGGGUAGAAAGGGAGCUUUGGACCAUGUUGGGGAGAUAAUUGAGAAAAGAAUAUUAGUGGCUGCAGGAGAUAUGUUUGGCGGAAGUGUUGCGAGUAUCGCAAAGAGUGAUGGUGCCGAGUUGGAAGCAGAGUUGAUGACGUUAUCACUGAAGGCCGAACCAAAUGUGUGCGAUUAA